UGGGCUACCAUGCCUACAGUUUGUUCUACACGAUUUCGAGUCUUUUCUGUCUACUGUAGACACGUGGUGUAUAACUUUGCUGAAUUUCUAGAAAGAAGGUAGCCAAAAUGUCACAAUUGACGUGGAUGAUAAUUCGAAACAAUAAUGCGUUUCUAUUGAAGAAGCGUACAAUUCGAAAGCCGUUUUCUACUGAACCGAGCAAUUUAACGAAUCUCAGCAGUUACCGCUAUUCAGGAUUAAUUCAUCGCAAAAGUGUCGGUAUCAUAGACACUCCUGACAAGAAAGGAUUUACUGUUGUUUACAAAAAAGCAAAGUCAGCUACGAAGCCCGCUAAGGCAAUUGUAAGGCGUACCAUGAAAAACGGAGCACGUCGAUCUCUACACAAACUGAAAACUUUGCUUACAGCUAACCAAUAUCGAGUCGACCUUACUAAGGCGGCUCUGCGGCGUGCUAGUGCAGUACUAAAAUCUCAAAGGCCACUACCAGCAAAAAAAACGCGUAUUCUAAAGAAGACCGAAUGAAAAUGUACAUCAUGAAUAAUAAAACUAUUUAAAUAAAGUGUACUGUAAUCAUACUUUAGGAUGAAAUA